UCUGGGAAUUAUUCCCAAUGUGCGUGGUAUUUCGAACUUCCCUUGUUCCUUAAAUGUUCUACACUCAAAAACCAUUUGUACACUUAAGCAUUGAUAUGAUUUAAUGCUAGACGCGUUUAGGAAGGAUUGGUAAAGCAUCAUGGCAUCUUAAAAAAAAAAUAAGAAUGUCAACCUUCAAAUACGGAAACUACCCUACUCCAUAUAAAAAAAGGUAGCUAGCUUCCUUGAUAAUCUUGACAAUGCAACAAAUUGGAGGGCACUUAUUGGUGCAAUGCCUGUUGAUACCUACACGCAAAAUGAUGUCAACCAAUUUGAUAGACUUGGCAUGCAAAGGGGAAAAAAAACAGCAGAGGCCUUGCUUCAAAAUUUAGGUCAAAAAUGUAUAACUGUAAAAAAACUGAUUGUUUACCUGGAAGCUAUUGGUAAUAAUGAAGCACUGGAACAAAAAAAACCAGAUGAACGAGUAGAAAUCACAGAACAGCCAUCGUCAUCACCAGUCAUGGCAGGGGAGAGAGUUGAACUAGUAUGCAGAGCCACAGGGUUCCCACCACCAGAAUACCAAUGGCUAAGGAAUGGAGAAGAGAUUCGCAAUGCUUGUGAAAAAAAACUUAUAAUCAAUAACACACAAGCUAAAGAUAGUGGGAGAUAUUCAAAAAAAACUAGCAAUCGCUUGAGUGCAGAAAAAAGUAAUUGUGUGGAGAUACAAAAAAAAGAUAGAGUAGUAGAAUUUUGUUUUUGCUCUUCAAGACUUCGCAGUGAGACUACAAAUGAGAUUUUCUUUGAUUCCUUCAACUUUGAGCAUGAAGGCAACUAUAACUGCAGAGCUUAUAACACUAAAGGGGACACUUUGACAAGACUAGCAACAUUACAAGCAUGGGCACCUGAACYACAAUGUCCCAACAAAGGAAUUGAUGGCAGCUCAUUGCAAUUAACUGAAUCAGCUACUGAUAAGAUAGCACUGGUGAUUGGCAAUCGAGACUAUAUUAACCUUCCACCAAAUGAAAGUCCAUUAGUCCAUACAUGUGGAGAUGCACAACGAGUUGCUGCYAUUCUACGAAAAAACCUCAUGAACUUUAAAGUUUUCUCUUUGGUUAACUUAACCUACAAUGAGAUGAAGAAAGCUCUGUCAAUAUAUUAUGAACUACUAGACCGUGGUGUCUAUGGUCUGUUAUACUUUGCUGGACAUGGAUUUGAAGAYAGUGGCCAGAACUACAUGAUACCAAUUGAUGCCAWGACUGACUGGACACCAGACAAAGCYRUAUGUGUCCAGAAAAUCCUCCAGGAAAUGCACAAUAGAGGAACAGCAUUAAAUGUGUUUCUAUUGGAUAUCUGCAGGAAACUGACAAUGACUGGUAAUGGUUAUAAAAGAGAAAUAUACCCAUACCCACCUGAUGCACAGUCUAUUUAUGGGUUUGCAACGUGCCCAGGAGCUGAAGCAUAUGAACGAAAAGCUGAUGCCAAUGGUUUGUACAUGACUCACUURUUGAAAAACAUCACUAAAGAAGCAACUGUUGAGGACAUGCUGAAAAAGGUGGCUAAAGAUGUUGAAGAUGAGGUUGCAAAUGAUCCUGAUGUCUGGCGAAUGCGUCCUCAGUUCUACAGCAAAGCAGUGAAAAACUUUAGCUUACGUGACCCAACUGUAAGAGAAGACCAAGAAUCCAAGAUWAGAAACCAAAAAUGGUUGGAAAUCCACAAACUUCCUCAAAAACACAUCUUUAAUGUAGCACAUGUUGGCAUUACAGUAGAAAUACGCUUUGAGCACACUAACUGGUUGUCAAAUGUAAUCUUGGUGUGUUUAAGAGUGUUGGAUCUUGGCGAGGCUACAAUGUGUGAUGCAAGUCUUAUACUAAGUGCUCUACCAAAGGGCUUACAAGAAUGCCAUUUUCAUCCAAGUACAGCCAAUAAGAUGAGACAUGUUGUCCCACCUCAAGCUGAAAGUUCAACUGGUGUUGUUGCACGAGCAGCUUCCUGGGCGUCACAAGAGGAACARUCUCAUGCUCCUGUCCCAGUUGAGAGAAUAAGUGAAAUUUACAAUAUACAAAGACUUCAGAAAAACUUAUCUCUAACGAUUGAACUGAAGUACAUUUUGCGUGGUAGCCAAGAGGAGCAAACUAAAUACGAAAUAAAGACAUUUAAUCUCAAAGAAUUUGGUAUUGUGAAUGCUUUUGCUAAGGCAAAUCCAACAGAUGACUUCCAAGACUACAGCCUUUAUUAAUACUUUAGAAAAUUUAGUCUAAUUCCUGGUCCCAUUCAUUGGGUUUCCUGUGGUGUGGAAAGGACACAGGAAGCCCAAUGAUGCAGCGAAGGGAUAGGCCAGUAACUGAACUAAAAUUUAUUGUACAAGGAUAGGAUAAUAAAUUAAAAAAUAAGUAAUGUGAACAAAUCAGAGUUUCAAAAUGUCAAUAUCAAAAUUAUUGCAUGAAAACAAUCAAACUAAAGAUCGCAGAGCAAUGAAUUAAAGGAAAGUAAUUACUCACAUCACUUUUGAAACUCUGAUUUCACUUUGAUAGCCUCAGCAGUCUAAAUACAUUGUGUGACUGUCACAAACACUCAUCAGAUUGUGUUACAGUCACACAACAAUAAAAAGACUGUGUCACACACACUGCCAUACAAAAUUUACAUCUAUUUUCCAUAAAAUGUCAUAAAUAAUCGACAGUAUGGCAUUUCAUUUUACUGCAAAGAAGCAAUUGAAAAAAUAAGUUAAUUUAUUAGACCCUGACUAAUACUCUACCACUGAUACUUUACAUAUUUAC